CGGCGCUCGCGGUGGCGGCGCUGCUGGGGGCCUGCUGCGGCCCGAGCCGGGGGGAGAUUUGCGGGAGCAUGGACAUCCGGAAUAACCUGACUCGGUUGAAUAGGCUUGAGAACUGCACUGUGAUCGAGGGCCACUUGCAAAUAUUGCUGAUGUUUAAAACCAAGCCUGAAGAUUUCCGUGAGCUCAGCUUUCCCAAACUGACUAUGAUUACGGACUACUUACUGCUUUUUCGGGUAUAUGGCUUAGAGAGUUUAAAGGGGCUUUUUCCCAACCUCACUGUGAUUCGAGGAACUCAUCUCUUCUUUAACUAUGCUCUGGUCAUUUUUGAGAUGGUUCACUUGAAAGAGAUUGGCCUUUAUAAUCUGAUGAACAUUACUCGAGGUGCAGUGCGGAUCGAGAAGAACAAUGAACUGUGUUACUUGUCCACAAUUGACUGGUCUAGGAUUUUAGACUCUGUGGAAGACAAUUACAUCGUUGCCAACAAGGAUGACACAGAAGAGUGUGGAGAUGUGUGUCCAGGAACUGUGAAAGGAAAAAGCAACUGCCCACCUACUGUAAUAAAUGGCAUUUUCAUUGAACGCUGCUGGACCCAUGAUCACUGUCAAAGAGUUUGUCCACCUGCUUGUAAGUCACAAGGCUGCACCUCUGAUGGUCAGUGCUGUCACAGCGAAUGCCUGGGCAACUGCUCGGAGCCCAACAAUCCUGAGAAGUGUGUGGCUUGCCGUAACUUUUACCUUGAUGGCACGUGUGUGGAGACCUGCCCAGCCAAUUACUACCGCUUUGAGGGGUGGCGUUGCGUGACCUUCAGCUUCUGCCAGGAGCUGCACAACAAGUGUAAAAAUGCCAGGGAAUCCGGGUGCCAUGUUAUUCACAACAAUGAGUGUGUUCAUGAGUGCCCAUCGGGAUACAUCAUGAACUCCAGCAACCUGCACUGUUCUCCAUGUGCAGGGCCCUGUCCGAAGGUUUGUGACUACAGCAAGGAGAAGAUAAUUGAUUCAGUGACAUCUGCACAGGAGCUUCGUGGCUGCACCAUCAUUAAUGGAAGUUUAGUCAUAAACAUCCGUGGAGGAAAUAACAUAGCAGCUGAGCUUGAAGCGAAUCUUGGCUUGAUUGAAGAAAUCUCAGGUUACCUAAAAAUUCGCCGCUCCUAUGCCUUGGUUUCUCUUUCUUUUUUUCGUAAGCUACAUCUGAUUAAAGGGGAGACGUUAGAAGCUGGGAAUUACUCCUUCUAUGCCCUCGACAAUCAGAACCUGCGCCAGCUCUGGGACUGGAGCAAACACAACCUCAGCAUAGCAAGGGGGAAGCUCUUCUUUCAUUAUAACCCCAAACUGUGCUUGUCAGAAAUCCACAAAAUGGAGGAGAUCUCUGGGACUAAGGGACGUCAGGAGAGGAAUGACAUAGCCCUGAAGACAAAUGGCGACCAAGCCUCUUGUGAAAAUGAAUUGCUGAAGUUUUCGUCUAUCAGAACAUCUCAUGAUAAGAUCCUACUAAAGUGGGAGCCGUACUGGCCACCUGACUUCCGUGAUCUCCUAGGAUUUAUGCUUUUUUACAAGGAAGCUCCAUACCAGAAUGUGACAGAGUUUGAUGGACAAGAUGCCUGUGGAUCAAAUAGUUGGACAGUGGUUGAUGUUGACCCUCCCCCACGGUCAAAUGAGCCGAAAGCUCAGGCCCAGCCAGGGUGGCUCCUGCGGGGGUUGAAGCCAUGGACUCAGUAUGCUGUGUUCGUUAAGACGCUGGUCACCUUCUCGGACGAACGAAGGACAUAUGGUGCAAAGAGCGAAAUUAUCUACGUCCAGACCAAUGCUACUGUUCCCUCAGUCCCGUUAGAUCCAAUAUCGGUUUCCAACUCUUCGUCCCAGAUCAUUCUGAAGUGGAAGCCGCCCUCUGAGCCAAAUGGGAACAUCACACACUACCUGGUGUUCUGGCAGAAGCAGCUGGAGGACAGUGAGCUUUUUGAACUUGACUACUGCCUGAAGGGACUAAAAUUGCCUUCGAGGACUUGGUCUCCCCCUUUUGAAUCUGAAGACCCUCAUAAAUAUAAUCAAAGUGAAAACGAGGACAUCAAUGGAGAAUGUUGUUCCUGUCCAAAAACUGACUCUCAAAUACAGAAGGAGCAGGAAGAGUCUGCCUUCCGCAAAAUGUUUGAGAACUAUCUCCACAAUGAGGUGUUUGUCCCCAGGCCAUCACGAAAACGAAGAGAUCUUGGCAGUGUGGCUAAUGCCACUGUGGUGGUACCCACCAUCCCAUCUUCGUUGAAUACCUCCUCUGCAAUAGCACCUGAAAAUGUAGAGGAACAGAAAUGUUUUGAGAGAGUUACGUCUGAGUCCUUGGUUAUCUCAGGUCUGCGGCAUUUUACAGGGUAUCGCAUUGAGAUCCAUGCUUGUAAUCAUGAUGCCCAAGAAUCGCGGUGCAGUGUCGCAGCAUAUGUUAGUGCCAGAACCAUGCCAGAAGCAAAGGCUGAUGACAUUGUUGGUCCAGUUACCCAUGAGCUGGUCGAAAAAAAUGCUGUUCAUUUGAAGUGGCAGGAGCCAAAGGAGCCGAAUGGGCUAAUUGUGCUAUAUGAAGUGAAUUAUGGGCGUCUUGGGGAGCCAGAGGAGGCACACUACUGCGUUUCUCGUAAGCAGUUUGCUAAUGAACAGGGCUGUAAAUUACGUGGACUACAGCCUGGAAACUACAGCAUCCGAAUCCGAGCCACCUCGCUGGCAGGAAAUGGGUCAUGGACAGAGCCCUCAUAUUUCUACGUGGCUGAUUAUUUGAACCCUCAGUCUAAUAUUGCUGUUGUUGUUGUCCCAAUCAUUUUUUGCAUAAUAAUUGCUGGAAUUAUUGGAGCUGCCUACGUAUUUGUGAAAAAGAGACAAACUGAAGGACCAACUGGGCCACUCUAUGCAUCCUCUAACCCGGAGUACCUGAGUGCCAGUGAUGUUUAUGUGCCUGAUGAAUGGGAGGUCCCACGAGACAAGAUUAACCUUCUCCGAGAGCUCGGGCAAGGCUCCUUUGGGAUGGUGUAUGAAGGGAUAGCCAAAGACAUAGUGAAAGGGGAUCCAGAGACUCGAGUAGCUGUGAAAACCGUUAAUGAAUCUGCCAGCCUCCGGGAGCGCAUUGAGUUUCUGAAUGAAGCUUCUGUAAUGAAAGGGUUCAACUGCCAUCACGUGGUUCGCCUCCUAGGGGUGGUCUCAAAAGGACAACCCACACUGGUUGUCAUGGAACUGAUGGCACAUGGAGAUAUGAAAAGUUACCUUCGCUCCCUGAGACCUGAUGCUGAGAAUAACCCUGGCCGUCCCCCACCAACUCUCAGAGAGAUGAUCCAGAUGGCUGCAGAGAUUGCAGAUGGUAUGGCUUACCUGAAUGCCAAAAAGUUUGUCCACAGAGAUCUUGCAGCCCGUAACUGUAUGGUUGCAGAAGAUUUUACUGUAAAAAUUGGAGACUUUGGCAUGACCAGAGACAUCUAUGAGACCGACUAUUACCGUAAAGGAGGCAAAGGGCUGCUGCCUGUGAGGUGGAUGGCACCCGAAUCUCUAAAGGAUGGUGUCUUUACUGCUUACUCAGAUGUGUGGUCAUUUGGAGUUGUCCUUUGGGAGAUAAGUAGUUUGGCGGAGCAGCCAUACCAGGGACUCUCUAAUGAACAGGUGCUAAAAUUUGUAAUGGAUGGAGGAUACCUGGAUCAGCCAGACAACUGUCCAGAGAGACUGCACAGCCUGAUGCAGAUGUGCUGGCAGUACAACCCCAAAAUGCGCCCUACCUUCAUCGAGAUCAUUGAGAUGCUGAAGGAGGACUUGCACCCCAGCUUCCAGGAGGUGUCAUUCUUUUAUAGUGAAGAAAACAAACCUCCCGAGACAGAGGAGUUUGAAAUGGACUUUGAGAACAUGGAGAGCAUACCCCUUGACCCUUCCUCCUAUUCGCAGAGGGACAAAGUACUGGGGCGGGACAAUGGGCCCUCCAUGGGCCUCAAGGGGAACUAUGAAGAGCAUAUACCUUACACUCACAUGAACGGUGGCAAGAAAAACGGGCGGAUUCUGUCCAUGCCUAGGUCGAGCCCUUCCUAACAUCUCCUGUUUGGCCCAAGGGUUGUGUCUUUGCUUUUCCCCUCCGUGAAUCUCAGGACUCUUGUUGUUGCUGCCACAGCGUAUGACAUACAACUACAAACUCUUUGUUCAGAUUUUUAAUCAUCCUAUGAUUAAGAGACUUUUUUUGACAAGCUGAGUGGUUGUUAAUUGACUUAUCUGUGAACAUAAAUGGAAAAGGUUUCCAUGGUGGCUGUCCCUUCUGUAGCCAUGGUUCAAAACAGGAACUGACCUUGUAAAUUAGGUUGAAAGAAGAGAAUCCACGUUUGGCAACAAAGGAAAUGAAAAUCAAUGAUGUCUGAGCUACAUUAUAAAAGUGCAGAACAAAACUUCUGCAGGACAUAAAUGUUCUCAGCAGAAUUCCAAGCUUUAUGGCAUCCUCUUCAGAAGCAUUUCUUUCACUACAGCCGAAGGAUUUUAACACCCAUCAAUUGGACACGCCAUUUCCUCAGAUUGACCAAUAGCUGCUGCUUUCAUACUUUUUUAAUGAGUUAAAUCCGAGUGUGUGUGUGUGUGCGCGCAGUAUAUAUACAUGGGGUGUAUAUAUAUACAAAUAUACACUUCUUUUGUACAUAAGUUUUGUAUGUUCUCACAGAAGCUUUCCUCUUCUUGGAAGUGUGUACUUUUUCCCAGUUUCCUAGAGUGAUUGAACCCUAAACAGAUUAUUUUUGUACUAAGGACUCUUGGGAGUAGUUUUCUCUCAUUAGCAUAUGAGGAAAAAUAUGCUAGGAGCCAAAGGAGUAGAAAUCUGAGAUUUGUGGCUACUUUCAAGACCAAACAAAACAGGAACCCCUGACCUGAUAUCAAGCUUUCUGUCUUUAUAGCAUUGAGUAUAUAUAUUGUUUGUUGUAACAUAUUUAAAAUGUUUUUAGUUUUAAAUGUUAACUACCAUAUAAAUUAUUGAGUGUUUAUGAUUCUUUUUGGGGGGAGGGGAUUGGGGAGUGAGUUUGUUUGGUCUUAAAGUGGUCCAUGGAUUUCAGAAUGAACUUUAUUUUAGCUGAUUACCCUCUUAGGAACUAUGAAGCACAUGUUAAGUUUGUACUUGACAAGGCUUUAAAAUAGAGUUUUGUGAUUUCUAUCACACAGUCAGCUGGCUCCAGCUAAAGCCCCAAGAUAACGUAGUUUGGACUUGAGUUGGUUGGCGGAGGCUGACAGACAAAGCAUUGCCUCAGCCCUCCGUCGCUCUGCUACUUCACUUUCUUUCCCUUCCACGUGCACUUUCCCACAGACAUUGGAGAAAACGGCGCCAGGUGAAAGAGCAAAAACUCGAACAGAACAACAGACACUAACCCACCCAAAGGGGGAAGUGCCAGGCUCCUGGCUCCAUGAGUGGAGCCGAAGCUGAACGUGACUGUGGUGAACUAGUCUGUGCCUGUCUGCAGCCUGCAUGGGCAUUUGGCCUGGCACAACAAGUGGGACUUUGGUGUUUUCCUGAGAUGCCUGCACCAUGCCCCAUGGAUAGUUACGGGGCAUGUUUUGUUCUUAGCCCUCGCCUCCAGCUCUUCAGGAUGCUAACUUUUGUGUUUUGGGCUGGGCUUUGUUUUGCUGCUCUUUGCAAAGCUGUUUAGCUUAGGGUGUUAGAAAAGCAUCAUGAAACUACAUGUCUCCUACAGUGAUGAAAGGAUGUACUGUCAGGGAAAGGGGCUGAAGCAGAGGGGAGUGAAUGUACUAAUAGGUCUGAAAGAAGCAAACCCCUGGAUCUUGCAGGCUAUUAUAAUGCAGGUGAUGGUUUCAAAGGGAGACAGAAGGUGAAAAUCAGCCGCUUUUCUUUGUGACCCCAUGAGUUCCCUGUGCUGGGUGCAGUCCUGGCUUAUCUGGGUGGGGCACUAAGCAUGUACGUGUGUGGCUUGUUACUUCAGACCACAUGUGGCUGCUUCGGCCUCCCCGCAACUGAAAGACCAAUCACUGAAAAUAAAAUAAGGGUUGGUGCUAAUAGGGAGCACAUCACUGAUCCCUCCCUGCUAACCCAAAACUAUAGACGCCUGGCAGUACAGCACCUAGAUAAAGGAUUAUGGACUUUCUGCACCUCCUGAAAGGAACAGCCCCCCCUUAUGUUUGUAGGGCCGGACUCAGUUGGGACAAAGGGAGAAGGUACAAAAAGAUUGUUCACAAAAUGAGAUGCAAAAUGUAUUGUAUAAAUCUGAGGCCAGAACUUCACAGUUCGAAAGGUCUAGCUUGCAUUCUUGUGCUUUACAAACUAGUAACUAUUUAGCAGCUCUACGCUACACUGCAGGGAAGAAAUUUCACACACUUUUCUAAUUGAGAGAGGUUUUCUUAUUAGGAAAAUUUUUAUUUAUUUUAAUAUAAAAUAAAUCACUGUAAAAACAAACAAUUUUCUUUCGUAAAGCAUACAAAACGUGUACAUUUUUAUCUUUGAAAACUAGGCAGGAGGGUGUGGUGGGUUUGUUUGUUUUUUGUCCUAUUCUGGCACAGUCUACCUCAGUGUCCCAUAAUGCUAUUUUUAAUAUUGUGCAUCUCUAGACUUGAUUAAAUAGUCUGGUCUGGACCUGUUAUGAAUUGGGGAAAAUCAAUAUCAACUGAUUCCAAUACGAGGGACCAUUCACCAGAGGGAUGGGAGAACAGCAAAUCAUUAUUUAUCACUUAACUUAAGCAGUAACGACCAAAGACCCUAUUUGUGGCUCUAAGUAGACAAUGGUCAAAUUUGACUGAUGCAAUUCUCUUAGUUCUGCUAUGAUCAGGAAAAUAUCCUGAUAUGGACAAAAUAGCCAUUUCCAGGGCUAAAUAUUUUAAGUAUUUGGACGUUUUUCCUGAUGCAGUGCCCUGAAAUAGAAUAAAUGGCAUUUGUUUGGAAUACCAUGUGACCAGUGUGGACCAGAUAAUCAACAGUGCAUAAUAGAUCUAGAAUAUCAGGAUUGGAAAGGACCUCGAGGUCAUCUAGUCCAACCCCCUGCUCAAAGCAGGAGCAAUCCCCAACUAAAUCCCCAAAUGGCCCCCUCAAGGAUUGAGCUCUCAACCCUGGGUUUAACAGACCAAUGCUCAGGCCAGUGCUCAAAGCACUGAGCUAUCCCUCCCUCUAGUUUGAGUUGGACAGCUUGGAUCAUGUCCAUGUUCUUAAUUUAUACCAGUGUGAAUCUGGAGUAAAUGAUAGCAAGAUGUGACCCCGAAAGUACAACUUUCUCACCAUAUUGUUGCUUUAGGAACAUUGCAGAAUUGAAGUGAUUGUCUCUGGCUGUUGUUGGCACUGUAGAAGACCUUAUAUGUACACAAAUAUUGGAACCCCGUAUUGGGUUUGGCUAGCUUUAGUUGAUAUUGGUUGGCCCUGUGUAGUGCAUAUGACUUGCAAUGUCCAGCUCUUUGAAGAAGGCAGGGAAUACAUACUGUGUUUUGUGGUCCAGGCAGUCCAUUCACAUGGCAUAAAUACAUGUUCCUCGCAUGGGUUACUUCAAACUUCUUUUCUCUCUCUCUCUCUCUCUCUCUCUCUCUCUCUCUCUGCGUGUGUGUGGGUGCGGGGGUGGGUGUUGAAAUCGAGUUCCUUUAAAAAAAAAAUCAGCUGUUACAGCACUUAGCUUUUAAAGCUGAUGCUUGUUUUUCUGAAGAGGUGAGAAGCACAACUGAAAAUGCUCUGUUAAAGCCCAACGUUUGCUUUGGAAAAUCUUCAUUUUUAGCCCACAAUUGACAUUGUGGUCCAUGCUGUUGAAAUUGUCAUUAUCCUGAAGCGUAUUGGGACUCGGAAGAACCCUGGCAUUGUGUGUUGCUGGGAACUACUCCUGUAACACCAGCCAAGAGGCAGCAGGGCCCGUGCAUGAAUAUAGUUGAUGAGAUCUGUGUGUGGUGGACGAAAGUUUCUGGUUUUGAGCUGUUCCUACUAACUCAUUUGCAGAAAGGGUGUUAGCAAUAAUUGGCUUGUUCCUGGUCCCUGUGGAGCUGUUGCUCUGAUGAACUUAACAGAUUCGUAUCAGAGCUGAAAAUACUGUGACUGUAACAGAAGCACAGGCACAUGCUGAGGGAGAAAUCCUGUUCUUUGGUGAGAGGCAAGGAGGAGGAGAACAGUAGUCCAGGACCCAGGGUGGAAUGGCUCAGGAUGAGCAGUUGCAGCACACUACUGAGAAGCCCUCUUUCUCCUUGUCCAAAACAUGUCUUUCUGGCUAUCAUUGGUACUGAUGACCACAACAUAUGUCUGGAUGGGCCCCCCUUCCUAGCAGUCACCUGAGAACCCGUGAAGCAGGUAGGGAGUUCUCCACAUCCCCCACUGCGAAAGGUGUCCAGCCCCACAAUGUAACACUAUUUCUAAAGCUAGCAAAGCAGAAGAGAUGAGCAGUGAGUCCCUGUGCACUGCCGUCUUUCUGUAAUGCAAACGUUAAAGCGUGAGAACAGACCAGUUUCUCAGAAGCAUUUGCACGUUAAUUCAGUUGCCACUUCCUGAAUGCCUCUUGCAAGGCUGGUGGUACUUCACUUGCAAUACAGCACACCUUGCACUGCAGAAACCUAUCUGCUAGGUUCAAAAAUGUCUGUUGUGGCUGCUUAUAAAUAUUCUGUCCUUGUAAAACAGAAGAGCUGAUUAUGGUAAACUAACUGGGCCAGCAGUGAUUAGGUUAGACAUGUGACAUGAAAUAGACCAAGCUGCAGCUUCACAAUCAUUGAGUAGUAAAGCAGCUACAUCAGAUGGAAAAAGGCUGCUGUUAGGUUGCUAAAGGGUACUCUGGAUUAGGGGUAGUAUAUCUGUUUCCUGUCAAAUUUGUGUUGCAAUAAUGGGACACUUUUGCUUAAUUUUUAGUAUGUUGCAUAUGAUGAUGGUUUCUCUUUGGAAAAUCUCAAAGUUGCUUCCCGUGCUAUUUACCUAGAAUAUGAUGGAGAAGGAGGACAGGAGUGAGGUAGAUACUGUGCCAAUUAUCCUUGAGCCUCAUUUUCUUGGGGAAAGGGGAGAGGAGAGCAAAUUCCCUCUUGAAUAUCACUGUGCUAUGAAGAAGGGGCCUUGAGGAGCACUAAGCCUUCACUACGGAGCUGGUGCCUCCAUAUAUUACUGAGACUGUACACCUGUUUUACAAGUUAGAAAUCAAACCAAAAUUUUUUGUGCCAUAAACGUUUGCUAAAGAGGCUCAUGCUGGGUGCCCAAUCAAUCCAUGUGAGAUGGGUUCCGAGGCUCUGCUCUCGCAUCUCGAAUAAUACCAGAGGAAGCAAGAAAACUGCAGGAGAACCUUUGAUGCUCUUUAUUUCCUAGCCUGCCUCAAAAGCCGCCUGACUAAACUUCUCUUGGAUCUUCUCUUUUACUUGGAGACUAGGUGGGCAUGUUUUAUGUCAUGAACUAAUUGCCUUUGAAAGCACAGCUGGUGCCGCCUAUCAGUUUCCUAUGAGUAGUGUCCAGGGAAAGAAGCGGUUGAAUGAAUUGGAAUCGAGGAAUAGUAACUUCAGAAAUACAUAAAGUCUCUGAGAUAAGAUUAGUUGUUGUUUCAUGAACUUAAUAAAAAGGCCAAUUUUAAUUUAUCUUCUGCUUGGCUCGAUGUUAACUAUCCGAAGAAGUGGGUAUUCACCCACGAAAGCUCAUGCUGCAAAACGUCUGUUAGUCUAUAAGGUGCCACAGGAUUCUUUGCUCCUUCUGCUUGCAUACUGUACACAAAUGUUGAUGUAAGAGCAUUAACAUGCCUCAGCCUGUUCUCUUUUGGCUUGCCUUGUUAUUAAUAUCAUAAGAAUGAGGCCAACACUAAAUUUUCCCUUUGGAAGAAUUUCAAUAUUUGAAAGCAAUUUUAAAACUUCAGUUUUUAUCAAAUACCUGCUGCCAUGAAAUAUGUCCUUUUAAAAAAAAAAAAGAAAACCAUUUGUGUCUUUCCAGAAGAUAAGCACUUAUUCUUGCAGUUUAACAAAUGUACUGCACCACAAAGCAAGCGAUAAGAGUACAGGUGGAGAAGUGGUGAUUUUUAUAUUGUAUAAUAAAGUUAGUAUUAAUUUUUACAGUGUUACUUUUUUUUGCUGAAGUAGUUGCAGUCAGCAAGAAAGAACGUUCCUGAAAGACUUUUUUGUUCUUAACUCCCUAAAUUGUCCAAAAUCCUAGUAAAUGGUUCAUUUCACUCAUUCCAGAAAAUCAUGAUUGAUAGACGCUUUGGCCCAGACUUCAGUGGUUUGAGCAUUGACCUGCUAAACCCAGGGUUGUGCGUUCAAUCCUUGAGGGGGCCAUUUAGGAAUCUGGGGCAAAAAUCUGUCUGGGGAUUGGUCCUGCUUUGAGCAGGGGAUUGGACUAGAUGACCUCCUGAGGUCCCUUCCAACCCUGAUAGUCUAAUUAUUAACUACAUGCCUAACUUUUCAAAGUACUUGAAUAAACCUCAUUGACUUAAAUUAAGGCAUGUUCUUGAGCAACUGGCUGAAUCAGGGCCAGUAUUAACACACUGCAAAAUAUAUUCCCAGUUCAGCUCUGGUUUUGUAUUACAAUUAACAGAAAAAUCUAGGUUGAACUGGGAAAUACUCAACUAGAAAGUCCUUGCGUUUCUCUGAUGUACUAUCCCCCUUGUUACCAAGCACUCUUAUCUCAUUUAAAUUCUCUAAGCAGCACCCAGUAACCCUUCAACACCCAUUACUGAAUAUUUACCCCCACCCCACCCCCAAAGAUGGAAUUUUUAGAGGCCACUUUUGACUUUGGAAGGUUGAAUUAAAAUUUUAAAAUCCUACUUAAAAUUAAAAGCUUUUACCUUUAGCUUUAUGUGAGGUGCAGAUACACUUGUUCGAGUAUCAAAACAGUAGUUUGUGUUUGAGGAACUACACAGAUGUGGGUACUGGUCAUCAGCUUUAUCAAACUCAGCCAAAAGUAAAUAUUGUUCUGCUUGUACCUUAAAUAAACUGAAGGCAAAUUCAGUUAAAUGUUAGGUGAAGUUCUGUGAAGUCUUUAUAUUUUGUGUUUAAUCUUGCUGCUCCUGCCUUCCUUUCUGCACACACAAGGUCCCAGAAUGCUGAUAGUCUUGCAGAUACCUCUUUUUUGAAAUAAAGUAAAGGAUCAAAAUGUGCCAUGGUUUAAAAAAAAAAUUUAAAAAAAGCUUGAUUUAUUUUUUCAAUGUUUUCAUAUAAAAGCCAAGCAGUGACAAGUAUAAAAAAUACCUUUGAAUAUUAAAAUCUUGCUGUGUGUAAAAUAUUGAACAAUUAACUGUUUAUAUUAAAAUUCUGAAUAAAUUAUCCCAGAAUAA